CUCCUCCUUACCACAUCUCUCAUCAACCUUCUCUAUUUCUUAAUAAUCCUUAAUUAAUCACCCUAAUCUCAUAAAAAUGGCUAAUCAUCAUAAUAACCCUCAUUUCUUAAUUUUAGCCACUCUUGUUGUAGCUUCUUCCUUCUUCCUACCUUGCUCGGCCUCGCCGCCACGUAAGCUAGCUCUAGUACAACAAGAGCCUCUUACACUAAAAUACCAUAAUGGCCCUCUUCUCAAAGGUAACCUUACCGUUAAUCUCAUUUGGUAUGGUAAGUUCACCCCAAUCCAACGGUCCAUAAUCAUUGACUUCAUCCAAUCACUUUCCUCUAAAAUAGCACGUACAUCACAACCGUCGGUUUUUUCCUGGUGGCAAAUUACCGAAAGGUACAGGGGAGGACCUUCCACCGUUACCUUAGGAAAGCAAUUCCUAGACCAAACUUACUCCCUAGGGAAAGUCUUAACCCCUGCUCAACUCGUCGUUUUAGCCUCUAAACUCCCUCAUAGGAACUCAAUCAACGUCGUUUUGACAUCUGCUGACGUGGUACCGGACAUGUUUUGCAUGAGCUCGUGCGGUGCACAUGGGUCCGGUUUAGCGGGAAAACACAAAAAGAUCAAGUUUGCUUAUGCUUGGGUGGGUAACCCGGAAAAACAGUGUCCGGGUCAGUGUGCUUGGCCCUUUCAUCAACCCAUAUAUGGCCCACAAACCCCGGCACUCGUUUCCCCGAAUGGUGACGUUGGGGUUGAUGGUAUGAUUAUGAACUUGGCCACGGUGUUGGCUGGGGCUGUUACUAACCCGUUUGAUAACGGAUAUUUUCAAGGUCCGGUUGAUGGUGGUUUGGAAGCGGUUUCUGCUUGUACGGGUAUAUUUGGGUCGGGUUCUUACCCUGGAUACCCGGGUAAGGUCCUGGUUGACCGUACAACAGGAGCAAGUUUUAAUGCGUAUGGGGCCCAUGGGCGUAAGUAUUUGCUUCCGGCUAUGUGGGACCCGAAAACUUCGGCGUGUAAAACUCUUGUGUGAGGCGCCUUGCCGACCACUUUGGGAACACUAGGAUAUUUCACAAAAAAAAAAAAAAAAAAUGUGUACAUAAGUGUGUAGAGUUGAAUCCGUAUCUCUCUUUUUGUAUUUUGUAUUACAUUUAUUGGUUAUUGUUCAAGUUACAAGAAUUAAAUUUUAUCUA